AUGUGGGAGUGCGAGUUUGAAGUUGCAAACGACGAGGAAGAUGAGCCGGGCUUCAGGGCUAAUUUAAACAUCGGGAAAGAUAGGACUGCUAAAUAUUUGAGUGAAAUUGUUGAUAGGAACUUGAAUAAGUUGCCUCUCCCGAUUAUUGCUUCUUGGCAAAUGAAGAACACAAGAUUCUCAGGAAAACAUAAAAAGAAGACUGCCUGCGGAUAUUGUGGGAUAAACCUACAAUCGAGCAAAACUUUAUCAUUGAACGUGAAAGUGAACACAAAGGAUGUUCGUACAUUAUAUGGUAAAUGUAAUGCGUGCGGUUCAAAACUCUACGCAGGAAAGUUAAAGGCUUUACAUCAAGAUGAUCUCAAUGCUUCUGUACUCAAUCAGACAAGCGAUACAUUGAAUUCAUCAAUAUCUUCAACAUUGGGACGAUCCUUAAUUUUGUCAGCACAAAAGUUAUUGACCAGCACACCCAAGAAUAAAGGAAUACCUCCAUCACCGUCUCUAAGUACCCUGAGUAAAUCGAAAAAAAAGAAAGGGUCCGCCUUGUCAAAGCUCCUGCAAGACGAUGAUUCAGAGAAAGAUAGGAGUUUGAAUUCAUUUCUCAAUUCAUUUUCUCGAUAA